UUGACAGAGUUUUUUCUAAUAAAAUUCGAUUUUCGUUUUCAUUCUGUCUUACCAUCAUCAUCAUCAUCAUCAUCAAUAUUAUGAUUGAAAAAAUCGAAAUCAAUGAAUUUAAUUCCAUCAAAACAAAACUUUUGUACAAAUUAUCUUUAUUUAACGGAAAAAUCUUUACGUGACGAUGAUUUUCAGAGAAAUUUACUAUUCAAAUUAUCACUAUCCAAAUUGGAUUCAAAUAAAGAAAAUGUUUUGAUCAAGUUUUUGCUUAAAUUUUUUCGAUUCAGAGCUAAAAACCAUCGUAAAAGCUAUUAUUUCAAGAAUUCCACUCAAUUUUUGCGAUUCUUUACUGGAAUUGUUCAUUAUUGUCCAAAAAUAAUCCUAGAUCAACUUGUUGAUUCUAAUGUUGCCAAACGAUAUCACAUUGUUUUACUUUUAAAGUCUGUUAUCAGCUUACUAAUUUUGAAAAAUUAUUCAAUCAACAUCAUAUUUCUAUCAAAAAUUAAUCAAUCAUCCGAAUUUUCUCAUUUUAUUUUGGAAUCAUUUUUAAAUUGCUUUUCGGAUGAACAUCAUUCAAUAAGGCGGUUGUUUAUUGAAAUUUCACAAUUAAUGUUAAAUUGUUCUUCAGAAUUACUAGAUUCUUCUAUCCAUAAAAGCCUAAACGAAAGGAUUUGUCAUCUUUGUAUAAAUGAUCAUGAAAAAGAACUUCGUCUUUUGUCAUUGGAUGUUCUAGAGAAAUUGGCUCAUUGCCGUCCUGAGAUUUAUUGUAAGAAAACAUUCGAAACUUUGAUUUUUUUAUGUCUAAACAAGGAUCAGAAAGAUAAAUUAAGGAUAAUGGUUGAGGAAAAAUUAUCCACGAUUUACAUCGAUCUGACAUUACAUUAUCCAAGGAAUAUUUUUAAAAUUCCAAAUUUGGGAAAAAUUGUUGGUGCUUUACUCGUUCGUUAUAAUCAAAUUGAAAACAAACAAAAUAACAUGUUUGAGAAACGGUAUUUAUACAAUCUUUUGUUAACUAUUCGUUUGUUUUUGGAACAAAUAAGCAAUGAACCUGGAUGAUGGUAAUGUCUAAUUUAAUUGAAGUGAUGAUUUUGCUGUAAUAAAAAAAAGAUAUUAUAAUACAAAUUGA